AUGCUAGAAGAAACAGGUAUUGCACAAUUGUUCUUAUCCUUAGGCUACGCUUUGGCAGCAAAUACCGUUACUGGAGUAGACGGGAUCUUUGACAUUGUCAUAUUAUCUGCUAUCGUUUAUGAGCCUCGUAUGUACAAUGACUUGCGAUUGCCAGUGCAUGUACCAGAUCAUCGAUUGUGCAGUAUUAAUACUGAACGGAAGAAAAUGAUCGGAAACUGGUCGAAUUGCUGUGAACUGGCUAUGUCCACAUUCGAGGACACCAUCCGAGGACCGCAAAGUGCAAGCGUCGCCGAAGUUCGAAGAUAUAGUCGCAAGAUGUCACGUUACGCGUCUGACAAAGCUCGCUCUCAAUUACGAAAAGUGGUCGAAUAUGCGGGCGUACGAGUUUCGUUUCUGAUCUUGUUUGUUGGUCUUGAUUACCAACGCAUAGAUUCACGUAAAGCUCUAGAAUUACUAUCAGCACACAAGCAUGAUGCAAUCGGUCAUUGCCAUUGUGCUCUUCGCAGCUACAGGUAUCUAGUGAGCUUCUAUUUGGUUAAAUAUCAAAUCAGAAAUUUAGCUAGUGCCAUUCCCAGUCGUUGUUAUGAGGGGAUAGUCACUGGUCCCUGCAGGGCAAUGCACGAGAGAUACGCCUACGACCCAGCCAAAGGUGAAUGUGUUCGCUUCAAUUACGGCGGUUGCGCUGGAAAUAACAACAACUUCAUGUCAAAACUCGAAUGUCAGCUAGUGUGUCGACCAACAGCAUGCGGUCUUCCAAUAGAAACCGGCAUGUGCUUUGCAUCACUCCGUCGAUAUGCUUUUGACGAUACCCGCGGUAGAUGUGUGUCGUUCAUCUACGGAGGAUGUGGAGGGAACGAAAACAACUUUGAGACUUUGGAGGAUUGCGAAUAUGCAUGUCUUAAUACCAUUACGUCACGUUGA